AGGGGGAGAGAGGGAAGAAAGGUAUACGUCGAUGAAAGCCGAGGGAAAAGCAAGCGCCGUACAUAGUUUAGGGCACUGCCUAAUUGUUUCAAAUGCUGUUUCUGUCUCCUGUAUCUUCUCUCUUUUAGGUUUCUUAUAGGUGAAGAAAAAAGCUCCUGAAACCAGUUGGAGGAAGGAAGAAGCUACAGAUACAAAAGCUAUGGCGAAGAAGAAGCAGAAGAAGGGGGAGCAAAAGCCGAAACCCAAGGCAUUUGCAGACGCGGACAGUGAAAUUAUUCAGGCACUCGAGCGGUUUUGCUUGUCCAAUGAUGAAGUUUUCACUUUUGAAGCUGAUCUUUCUAAGCGUGAACGUGCUCUCGUGCAUGAAGAAUGCAGGAAAAUGGGUUUGACAUCAAAGAGUUAUGGACGUGGUGAUCAACGGCGUGUUUCUAUAUAUAAAUCCAAACCGCAAAAGGACACCAUGAAAUUUUCUGAAAAAACCAAAAGUGUUUUGGACGAUUUAUUUAGUUCAUACCCACCCGAUGAUGGAGAGUUGGGCAAGGAAACAAUUGGGAAAUGCAAGAAAAAGGCCCAUAAACAAAGUCGAAGGAAAGAUGAUAUUUUCUGGAGGCCAUCAAUGAACAAGGAAGAGAUAAUGAAGAAGGUGGAAUCAUAUACAACUAGAGUGAAGAGUAUUGCAAAUAUGAAAAAGAUAUCAGGAGAUAGAUCCAAGCUUCCAAUUGCAUCCUUUCAAGAUGUCAUUACUUCAACAGUUGAAUCGCACCAGGUCGUUCUCAUAUCUGGCGAAACUGGGUGUGGAAAGACAACGCAGGUUCCUCAGUUUCUUUUGGAUUAUAUGUGGGGUAAGGGAGAGGCAUGUAAGAUAAUCUGUACUCAACCUCGACGAAUAUCUGCGACAUCAGUUUCUGAGCGGAUCUCCUAUGAAAGGGGAGAAAAUGUUGGAAGUGAUGUUGGAUACAAGAUACGGUUGGAAAGUAAAGGUGGCAGGCACUCAUCAAUUGUACUCUGCACAAAUGGUAUUCUGUUAAGGGUGCUGAUUUCUGAAGGGUUGGGAAAAUUAACUAUGGAUGCUUCAGAAAAAAGUAGGAAAAAUGUUGUGUCUGACUUAACUCACAUUAUUGUGGAUGAAGUUCAUGAAAGGGAUCGCUUCUCUGAUUUCAUUCUAGCAAUUUUGAGAGACUUGCUUCCUACAUAUCCUCAUCUUCGGCUGAUACUAAUGAGUGCUACCAUUGAUGCUGAACGGUUUUCAAAAUAUUUUGGUGGCUGUCCAAUCAUCAGUGUUCCUGGAUUCACGUUUCCUGUAAAAAAUUUGUAUCUUGAGGAUGUACUGUCUAUAGUGAAAUCUUCGGAAGAGAACCACCUUGAUGAUAGUACGGUGGGGGCUUCAGAUGAAGAAACUGAGCUAACAGAAGAAGACAAGCUUUCUUUGGACGAAGCAAUUCACUUGGCUUGGUUGAAUGAAGAAUUUGAUCCCCUUCUAGAAUUGGUUGCUUCUGAGGGAUCCUCUCAAAUUUAUAAUUAUCAGCAUUCCUUGACGGGCUUAUCACCUCUAAUGGUGCUUGCUGGAAAGGGUAGAGUUUCCGAUGUUUGCAUGCUGCUAUCUUUUGGUGCGAUGUGUGAAUUACAGGCCAAGGAUGGCAUGACUGCGUUGGAAAUGGCUGAGCGAGGAGAACAUAAAGAAACUGCUGAAGCAAUCAGAAAACAUUUGGAAAGUUCCAUGUCCAACUCCAAGGAAGAACAGCGAUUGAUUGGUAAAUAUCUUGCAAAAAAUUCUAAUUCUGUUGAUGUUGCUCUUAUAGACCUGCUGUUAGGGAAAAUAUGUCUUGAUUCAAAAGAAGGAGCUAUUCUUGUUUUCCUUCCUGGAUGGGAUGAUAUCAGCAAGACUCGGGAAAGACUUUCAAUCAACCCUAUCUUCAAGGAUGCAUCAAAAUUUUUAAUAAUAUCUCUUCAUUCAAUGGUUCCUUCUAAAGAGCAAAAGAAGGUUUUCAAACGACCACCUUCCGGUUGCCGCAAAAUUAUUCUGUCCACUAAUAUUGCUGAAACAGCCAUUACCAUUGAUGAUGUGGUUUAUGUGAUAGACAGUGGAUGGAUGAAAGAAAAAAGUUAUGAUCCUUACAGGAAUGUUUCUACUUUUCAAUCAUCUUGGAUAUCAAAGGCUAGUGCCAAGCAGCGUGAGGGACGAGCAGGUCGCUGCCAGCCUGGGAUAUGCUAUCAUCUCUAUUCAAAAGUUCGUGCAUCUUCUCUUCCUGAUUUUCAAGUUCCUGAAAUUAAGAGAAUGCCAAUAGAGGAACUUUGUUUGCAGGUGAAAUUGCUUGAUCCAAAUUGUAGGAUAGAGGAUUUCUUGCAGAAGACUUUGGACCCUCCAGUUUUUGAUACUAUCCGUAAUGCAAUAUUAGUCCUUCAGGAUAUUGGGGCUUUGUCACUCGAUGAGAAACUGACUGAGCUUGGGGAGAAAUUAGGUUCUUUGCCUGUUCAUCCAGUAACAAGCAAGAUGCUUAUUUUCGCUAUAUUGAUGAACUGCCUCGAUCCUGCUCUAACUCUGGCAUGUGCUUCUGACUACAAGGACCCUUUCACUCUUCCCAUGUUACCAAGCGAAAGAAAAAAAGCUGCUGCGGCUAAAGCAGAGCUUGCUUCUUUGUAUGGUGGGCAUAGUGAUCAACUGGCUGUGGUAGCUGCAUUUAAUUGCUGGAAAAAUGCCAAAAGAAGGGGUCAAGAGGCCCGUUUCUGUUCUAAUUACCAUAUCUCUCCGAGCACUAUGUCUAUGCUUUUUGGCAUGCGGAGACAACUCGAAAUGGAACUAGUUCAAAAUGGUUUUAUACCUGAGGAUAUUUCAACUUGCAGCUUGAAUGCUCGUGACCCUGGCAUACUCCACGCUGUCCUUGUGGCUGGUUUAUAUCCAAUGGUGGGAAGAUUACUUCCACCUCAGAAAAAGGGAAAACGAGCUGUUGUGGAAACUGGUUCGGGGGGUAGAGUUCUUUUGCACCGACAGUCCCUUAACUUUGAACUGUCACACAAGCUAACAGAUAAUUGCCCUCUGAUUGUUUAUGAUGAGAUAACCCGUGGGGAUGGUGGUACACAUAUAAGAAACUGUACUGUUGUCGGGCCUCUCCCAUUAUUAAUGGUUGCAAAGGAGAUUGCUGUUGCCCCUGCAAAGGAGAAUGAUAAUGGUAAAGGUGAUAUUGUCAAUGACACCGAUGGCAACGAUGAAGCUGGUGUAGUUGAAACUGUUGAAGAUAAAAUGGAUAUAGAAAAUAGAUCAAAUGAACAACCAGAAGAGAUGAUUAUGUCCUCCCCUGAUAACUCAGUAACUGUGGUUGUUGACCGUUGGUUAUACUUUUGGUCAAAGGCACUUGAUAUUGCUCAGUUAUACUGCUUGAGAGAGCGAUUAUCUGCAGCAAUCUUAUUCAAAGUAAAGCAUCCAAACAAAGUUCUUCCUCCCGUUCUUGGGGCCUCUAUGCAUGCCUUAGCUUGCAUUCUAUCUUAUGAUGGGUUAACUGGUAUAUCAUUAGAAUCAGUAGAAAUGUUGACGACGAUGGUAGAUGCGACUGAGAUUAGCAAUUUUGUACCUGGGAGGUCCAAUGAAACACACAAGAAAGUAAGUUCGUUUCAUAGAUCACUUUCAAAUUAUAAUGAUUUUACUGUUCCGGAAUCAAGUGGAACAUCAAAUUUAAACCAUCCGUUCAGUCAGAAUUUUUUACCACCGGCUGAUUUUAGAGCAGCAAACCCAAGUGACCCAUCAAGCCCUAAUUUUAGGGCUUUCCCUAAUUCAGUCUAUGCAAGGUCAACACUGCAGCCACAUAGAGAGCAGGAGCAUCCCCAGCCGGCAAAACCUUUUCAAGACCAAAAUGCUACCCAGCAGCAGCAUGCUCCAGAGCACAAAACACGUAAACAGAGAAAGUCCCGCAGGGAGCGCAAGGCAGCUCAACAACAGAAACAUCCCCAACUACAGAAGCCUCCAUCAGGAGACCCCAGUUUAAAUGGGUAUGGAUUAAGCACGUAUGGACCAUAUGGACUCCGGGGCAUUUCUUUAAAGCGACCACGUGGUAAUGGGGCGGGAUAACGUCUAAUAAACAAGUAAACGGGUAAUCUUCAGGUGACUGAAAUCAGUGGAUGUAUUGUAAUAGCUUCAGAUGGGCAUGCUGUGGUGGAUGUGGCUUCUCUGUAGUCUGUCCAAUGAUUACUGGAACUGUGAAUCUCAGUUACGAUCUGAGGUAAAGCAAUUAAUCCACAAGAUGUCUAGACUCCGUUAAGAGAAUGGAACUCUGCCGAAGUUACCUCUGCGGGUUUUGCUGAAGAAACGAGCAACGGCCAAAUCCAUCCAUUAUAGCUUGCUUUCAGGCACAGUUGUUGCAAGUAUUGUAAAUGAUCAGGCUUCGUUUUCCAUGCAAUACGGGUUUGUUUAGGUGUAUUUUUCUGGGUUUUAGCACAUUUAUGAUAGAACAGAUGUGUUUAAGCAUAUGAUAUUAUGAAUAGUGAGGGGAUAUGCUUCCUUGAUUACACUUUUCAUUUGUCUUUGUUUACAAACACCCAUUUACUGUUCUUCUGUUCU